AUGGCCAUUCCCAAGGCCCUACGACUUCAUGCAGUAGCAUGUGCCCUUGCUUCUGGAGGUCUAUUAGCUUUCCUUGGUGUCCUUGACUUCUUGGUCUUCUCUUCCUUUCUGGAACAUCGUUCUAUCUUUGUGUUCCAAAUAGCCACACCCUCUUUGUUCUCAGUGAAGGUGGUAACUGUGAAACAGAGGGUGCUAGUAACUGUCAACUCCAUGCCAGGCAACAUCAUGAGCACCAUGGAGGACCAUAGCCACUGGAUCUAUUCCCAGGAUGCUCUGUCAUAUACCAUGACUCAUUAUCUAUACAGCCAGGGGAAAUCCAUUGUUGUCAGGGACCUUGUUGGAAAUUCUUUUCGGUACAAGGAUCAAAAAAUGGAAGGUGUGGAGUUUGAAGAUCACACUGCCCUCAACUUGAGUGUAAGAUGUGGAAUCAUUCCUCGUGCUUCUGGCGAUUCUUUUGAUUUCUCCUACUCACUGGGGUCAAUAAAUGAUUAUCCAGACAGCGGAACUAUAUCAUUCCAUGUGCGACCCAGGUUCACCCCUAUUCCUGGUACCACAGUGCUCUAUGGAACCCCAAAUCCCAUUUUUGGCCAUGAGAUAUCAAUUUCAUUUGCACCACCCCAAUUCUGGUAUUUAUCUUCCCCAGCUGAGGCCUCCCAGACUGGUGCUUUUGCAACAGCACUUGUGACCACAAAGGACUAUAUCUUGAGUGGUGGAAGGCAAGGCUCCCCUGUGCAUCUCACAAAAGAGGUCCAAGUUUACACAAGCAAGUCCAAUAUCACCUUGGAACCCAUCAACAUAACAUUCAAUAUAUGGCCAAUUGGAUGUGCAAUGUACACACAAAAUCUAACCACAUUGGUCACUGGUGCAACCUACACCUUUGGAUCCCAUCUCAACUUCACUAUGCCCCCACAACCAGUCUUUGAGCCUCUCAAGAUUAGAGACCCAACUCAGCUUGUAUUCUGCCUUAUGGUGUCUUGGUUAUGA